AUGAACUACACUCUCCUCCUCACAACCCUUUUCUCAUCACACAUCCUAGCACCAGACAACUUCUUCCUCUCACAACGUAGCAGCAUGCCGGGCAGAACAAUAGACUUCCACCCAGGCGAGCUCGCCCUCCACGACCUCCUCAAGAUCCCCCGCAGAGCGAACCCCACGUCCGCGGGCCUACCCCCUUCCUACGGCCACCGCAUCGCCGUCGCCCCGCUCCUGGCCCUCGGCACCCUCGACAACGAUCGUAGACCCUGGACUACGCUCUGGGGCGGGGAGGCCGGCGCCAUGGCGCGGCCGAUUGCCGAGGAUGUGCUUGGCAUCAGGAGUCAGGUGGACCUUGUCGAUGAUCCGGUCUUCCGUGCUCUUUGGGGAGACCAGGAAGGGCAACCGGUCGUCCAGCCUGGUGGGGGUCCGGAAGGGGGGAAACUCGUGUCGGGGCUGUCCAUCGACCUGAGGACGCGCGAUCGCGUAAAGUUUGGCGGGAGGAUGGUGGCCGGGGCGGUCACGGAGGGUGCUGCCGGUGACCACCGGAGCUCUUCCUCCGAAGUGCAGAUCGCGGUGAACGUCGAGGAGAGUUUGGGAAACUGUCCCAAGUAUCUCAACAAAAAGGACGUCAUCCCGCGGGACUCGAUCGACAAGGGGAGAGUGGAGCGGGAGUUGCCGCUGUCCGAUGACGCGGUCGCGGUCGUGCGGGGGGCGGAUAUGCUUUUCCUCACGAGCGGACACGAGGAGGAGGAGGAGGAGGAGGAGGGGAGCAGCAGCGGCAGCAUGGAUACGAAUCACCGGGGAGGGUCGAGGGGGUUUGUGAGGGUUGCGAGGAACGAUGAGGGGGGCGUGGAGAUUGUCUAUCCCGAAUUUGCGAAGCUCACGGGAUCGGCAUCUAUACUCGUCGGUCAAGACGCGGCAGCAUACCUCCCGCGCACGAAACUCGCCGUCAAAAUCACGGUGACGUCCGCGGUCUUUGUGCAGUCCGGAUUACCCUUCUCCGGCGUCCCGCUGGAACCGUCGCCGUACAACCCGCCCGUCAGACCGCUCUUCACCGAGCAGCAGCAGCAUGCUCCUCUGACUUUGGCAGGGGAAGAAGAGGCUGCUAGGACGGCCACCCUCCUGCGCCGCGAGAUUCUCACGCCGACCAUUGCACGCUUCGUCUUCAGCCUUGAACCGGCGGCGCAGUGGGAGGCGGGCCAGUAUGUCACGCUCGAUUUUGCAGAGGAGCUGGACGUCGGGUGGAGUCACAUGCGGGACGAGGAGCCGCAGAGCCUGAACGAUGACUACGUGAGGACGUUUACCGUUUCGAGUCCUCCUAGCCGCGAUGGGAGGGUGGUUGAGAUCACGGCGAGGAAAAAGGGUCCCGUCACGAACUUGUUGUGGAGGUGGAAUCUGAGGGUCCCGUUGGAGGUUCCCGUGCUUGGUUUCGGUGGCGAGGAGGCGUUUAGGAUGGGGAGAGAGAAGGGUGGCAAUGAUGAUGGUAUUGAAGAGGUCUUUAUUGCUGCUGGGGUCGGGAUCACGCCUUUAGUUGCACAGGCCGAGGGUGUUUUGGGGGCCGGGGGGAGGAUCAAGGUGUUGUGGACCGUCAGAGGAGAGGACGUGAAGCUGGUGAGGGAUGUUGUCGAGAGGAUUCCUGGGUUGGCUGAUGUUUUGAGGGUUUUUGUGACGGGCAAGGUUGGGGAGGCGGAGGAGGUGAUGAUUGGGGAGGUCGAGGGCUUUGGAGCCGCCGUGGAGAGGAGGAGGAUAGGGUCAAAUGAUGUAAAGGAUGGUACGAUCAAGAGGCGGUACUUUCUAUGUACGGGGCCGGAGAUGCUCAAGGUCUUGAACGGUUGGUUAGAUGGCCAGGACGUGGCGUCUGAGGACUUUGCUUUCUAA